CAAAUGGGGAUACUCCACACCAGGUGGUGGACGCUCCAGGUCCGCCCAUGAGACAUUUUCGGGAAGCCAAAAUCUCUCACUCCAAAGCCAGGCUGAGAUAGAGGAAGUCAUCGGGAAGCAGGGAAAAAAAAAAACUCCAGACCUGUACUAACACAGCGAGGAAGGUUAAACGGGGAAACUUACUUUUCGCACAUCUGGUUGCGACUUACUGAACUCACUGAAGCCCAGACUGCAGUGAUGUUGCCACCUCCUCCCUAGCUGUUCGAGCUGUUCGAGCUAACUGAGGAUCACUUCUGCUUUACUGCUUUGAGUAAACUGCACGGACCGCUAGGUUGACACGAUAGUGCUAGUUGUACUGGACUGAGAUAGCUAAGAUGUUUUCACAGUGAAUAGGUGGAAGAAGAUAGCUGAAAACAACCCAGUUCUUUAGUGCAACAUUAGUGUACAGAUCUAGCAAACAGGAUCUGUCAUCCUCUUAGUGUCCCCCUCCCCACUUGCUUGGGCUGUUCCAUUUCGCAUGUGAAAAAAUCUGAUAGUUGGAGAAGAGUUCUUCAUGUCAGGGACUGCUGUAGCCUCAGCACACUGGUUACUGAAGCUCCUGGAUCACAUCAGUUAAGCAAAUGGAUGAGAAAGAGCUGAGUGACCCCCUGAAUAACCUAUCACUCAUCCAAGAUGACUUGACCAGGUCAAACAUGGGGUCGUCUGGUGAAUCAGAAAAGAUUAUCCAGCGCUUGAAUGAUGAACUCCGGGGAGCCCAGGAGCUAGCUAAUACUGAGAAACACAAAUGCUUGGAGCUACAAGGUGUCCUGGAUGAAGAGACAAAAGAACAUAAACAACAAGCUGAUGAAUCUGCAAAACAGAUAAAAAUUCUUCAAGGCCAGCUGCGAGAGCUCCAAGGAGAAACCAACGCUCUCAGGGAGCAGAUCGAUGUUUCUUCCAGUUCACGCGACGAGCUUCAAAGCGCACGUGAUGAGGUGAAGGCGCUGAAACGUGCCCUGGAGGCAGCCACGGCUGAGCGGGAUCGCGAUGUUGCCACUAUCCAGACUAACCUGUCAACCGUGUCGAAAGACCUCGACAAAUGGCGUCAGGCUGCAAACAAAUACGAGCAUGAGAUUGACAAUCUCCAGCGGGACCUCCAGCAGCAGAGCAAACAGUGGCAGAAAACUGCAGAAAUACAAGCUGGUGAGCUGCAGUCCAUGCAGGUGGAGUGUAAUGGCCUUCAAAAGGAGUGCUCUGUGCUGCGAUCUGAAAGACAAGACAUUGUGAAUAAGCAUCAGAAGGAAAAGAGUGGCCUGCAAAGUGAGUGUGCUUCACUCAGGGCUGAGAAGGAGGAACUCCUCAAGGCUCACCAAAAAGAGAAGGCCAGCCUGCAGGGUGACUGUGCAGCACAGCGCUCUGAGAAAGAGGCCGUGCUGCAGAAACAGAAGCAGCUGGAGAAGGACCUUGCCAGUUCGCAUGCCCAGAAUGCUGAGCUUAGCAGCAGCCUCAAAGCCCUGGAGAGAUCCCAGCAGGAGUUGGAGAAGAGGCUGGGGGCCCUGCAGAUCCAGCACCAGCAGGAUAGCACCAAACUGCAGACCCAACUUGAUGAAGCAGACAGCCAGAGCAAGACUCUGCAGAGAGAGUAUGACGAGGCUAAGACUGAGCUGUCUGACCUGAAGGAAAAAUAUGAAAAGACCGAGCAGGAGAAACAGUCACUUACUGAUGAACUGGAGGGGUGCAAAGCCAGCAUGAAGGAGAUACAGGAGAAGGGAACAAAGAGUUCUCUUUUGCUGCCUGUUCAAGCCAUAGUCAUCGGCCUUAUCCUGGCUUUGCUGUAUUGGUGCUUCGGCGCAUUGUGGUAGGAAGAAGCAGUGGAUGAUCUGGGGGCCUGUGGUCGCUGCAGCUCUAACAGCUGUGACUGCUGUUGCUGUGCUCUUCAGGACCUGAGGGCAACGUACACACAGACACACACGCAUACACGCACAAACAUAAGUGAACCCAUAUUUUUCAUCAGAUUUUCUCUGCACUGAAACUGAAAAACCUGCCCUCUUAUCAUAUCUACGCAUUCAAUUCGGAGGGCUCUUCCUUAACACUGUUUAAUUUCUAAGAUGCUCUAUUUUAGAUGACAGAGAGGUUAAUAAAAGAAUGUCUGUUUUGUGGGCAAAUGAACUUGUUUGUUUGUACGUCUAUUACUUGAGAGAAAUCUAGUCAGGUUGUUUGCUUUGUUUGUUAUGGUGACUUAUAGGAUUAUCUAUUAAUGAAUGUAAAGAUGCAUAAUUAAUUCUGAAUAUAUAUAUAUGAAAAUUAGAUGGACCACCUGGAGUUUAGACCUCCCUAAUUGUAACACAUCUCUGUAACUGUCAGAAUAAUAAAUAUUGUCAAACUAA